AUGAAUAUAAUGUGCUCAAUUUUGUGGACUAAAUUUAAAGACACCAAGUCAAAUUUAACAUUAUGUAAUUCAGCCGAUACAUACAAUAACUACAAACGUGAUGUGGAGAUGAUGAGAGAGUUGGGUCUAGACGCUUACAGGUUCUCUCUCUCCUGGUCUAGAAUACUACCCAAUGGACUGGCCAACAAAGUCAGCGAUGCCGGAGUUGAGUUUUACAACAACUAUAUAGAUGAAAUGAUUAAAUACGGUAUAACGCCCAUGGUCACUCUGUACCACUGGGACUUGCCACAGAAGUUGCAAGAUUUAGGAGGAUUCGUGAAUCCUAUGUUCCCUGAAUGGUUUGAAGAUUACGCCCGGGUGGUGUUUGAAAAGUUUGGAGACAGGGUCAAGCACUGGAUUACUUUCAAUGAACCUAGAGAAAUCUGUUUUGAAGGCUAUGGUUCAGCAACCAAAGCUCCUAUCCUAAACGCAACCGACGUUGGUGCAUAUUACUGUGCCAAAAAUCUGGUAAUGGGUCACGCUAGAGCUUAUUACGCAUACGUCAAUGACUUCAAGCCUAGCCAAGAAGGUGUAUGUGGUAUCACAAUAAGUGUGAAUUGGUUCGGGCCAUUGACAGAUUCCGAGGAAGAUCAAUUAGCUGCUGAAAUGAAGAGACAAGCAGAAUGGGGACUCUACGCUGAACCUAUUUUCUCUGAGGAGGGCGGUUUCCCUAAGGAAUUAGCCGAAGUGGUGGCCAAAAAAAGCGCUGAACAGGGUUAUCCUAGAUCUCGUAUGCCAGAAUUCUCUGAUGAGGAGAAGGAUUUCGUAAAAGGCACUGCUGAUUUCUUUGGAGUAAAUCAUUACACAGGCGGCUUUGUAUCUGCAUCUGAAUAUAAGACUAACCACAUAGUGCCGUCAGUUUAUGAUGAUAUUGACGUAGGAAGCUACACUCCCCCUGAGUGGCCAAAAUCUGCUUCUUCUUGGUUAUAUUUAUCACCAAACAGCAUAUACAAUGCCCUGACUCAUCUCCACAAGAAGUACAACGGUCCAGUGUUCUACAUCACGGAGAACGGCUGGUCCUCGUCUCCAGAAGCCGAUAUCCUUGAUGAUGACAGGAUCAGAUACUACCGAGCGGCUCUGAACAGUGUGCUGGACACCUUGGAGGCUGGAGUGGACCUGCGAGGGUACAUGGCGUGGAGUCUGAUGGACAACUUUGAAUGGAUGGAGGGUUACACGGAACGUUUCGGUCUGUACCGUGUCAACUUCUCGGACCCAGGUCGUGAGAGAACUCCUCGUAAGUCAGCCUUCGUGUACAAACAGAUCAUCAAGAGUCGUGUGAUUGAUGAGGAGUAUGAACCUGACACACUGGACAUGACCAUUGAUGAAGGGAAAUGA